CCCGGCAUGGGUAGCAAGAAACUAAGACGAGUGGGUUUAUCACAAGAGCUGUGUGACCGUCUGAACAGACAUCAGAUUGUUAACUGUCAGAAUUUUCUAUGUCUUUCCCCACUGGAGCUUAUGAAGAUGACUGGCCUUAGUUAUCAAGGUGUCCAUGAACUUUUGUGUGUGGUCAGCAGGGCCUGUGCCCCACAGAUGCAAACGGCUUAUGAGAUAAAGACACAGAGGUCUGCUGCUCCAUCACCAGCAUUUUUAUCUACAACCCUCCCUGCUUUAGAUGAAGCCCUGCAUGGUGGUGUAGCUUGUGGAUCCCUCACAGAGAUUACAGGUCCACCAGGUUGUGGAAAAACUCAGUUUUGUAUAAUGAUGAGCAUUUUGGCUACAUUACCUACCAACAUGGGAGGAUUAGAAGGAGCUGUUGUGUACAUUGACACAGAGUCAGCAUUUAGUGCUGAAAGACUGGUUGAGAUAGCAGAAUCUCGUUUUCCCAGAUAUUUUAACACUGAAGAAAAAUUACUUCUGACAAGCAGUAAAGUUCAUCUUUAUCGGGAACUCAGCUGUGAUGAAGUUCUACAAAGGAUUGAAUCCUUGGAAGAAGAAAUUAUUUCAAAAGGAGUUAAACUUGUGAUUAUCGACUCUGUUGCUUCUGUGGUAAGAAAGGAGUUUGAUACACAACUUCAGGGCAACAUGAGAGAAAGGAACAAGUUCUUGGCAAGAGAAGCAGCCUCUUUGAAGUAUUUGGCUGAGGAAUUUUCAAUCCCAUUGAGGUCUCAACAUGGGAAGACGUCAUAUUUCUUAUGUAUAAUGUUGGAGCUCACAGAUUCCAAGAAGCUUAUCACACUUGGGAGACUUGAUGUUGUUCUUUGUGAUCUGCAUUUCUCCAACGAUGAGACUGUUUUGUUAGAAUGUGAGAGCUUGGAAAUGUCUUUCAUCAUCUUGGCAGUCAAUGUGAUUAGUUACAGCACAAGUAUCACUUCUUCGGGUGGGCCACAUGAUCAUGGAACCAGAGACACUUGGAUGGGAAGAGGCUCGAAAGAACAUUAUCACUUUGUAAAUGGAAUUAAAUUUAAUGUUUAA